CCUGAUAACACUUCCCAAUCCACCACACAUUGCAUGCUGAUGUCCUCUGGGUAUCGUAUCGAGGUAUCCAGGCGAUAUUUUGUAGCAACUGGGCUCUAGAAGAAAAAAAUAACAAAUAACGUCCUGGGAAGCGCCACCUGAGGAUUUACCUGUCCUCGUUUGAACACCAAAACGAAUCUAGGACGGGGCCGCGCAGCCAGGACAAUGUCUCACCCAGACACACCGAUCACGCCGACCGAAUCGCACGGGGAGAAUCCCCUGCAGUCGGAGUCUACGCAGCCUUCGUCUCCGGUGACUGACGCGGCCGAUCGAGAGAUGACCGAUGCGGCGGCCGAACCCGAACCCGAACCGCAGGAUGUGGAGGGGAUGGAUGCGCAGGCGAAGGCGCUUAUGCAUCUUUUGAAUACUAGUGAGGUCUUUGUGGCGAUCAUGGCGGAUAAAAUGAAGAAGCAGCAGGAAGAGGCUAGACUAGAGGCCGCGAAGCAGCAACAACGGCAACAGAAGGCCCCCACGGAGACGAAGAAAAAACCAGAGCCCGCUGGAAAGCGAGAGACGCGCACGAGCGCCCGACAGAACCAGACGAACGGGUCAGCCGCAGCUGAGAUGACGAAAGCGACCGAGCAGGAGGCCAACGGGGCGAAGAAAGGGGCUCGGGGGAGGAAACCCGCUGCUGCUGCGGGGAAGAACGGGACCAUCUCGAGCUACUUUCAGAAGGCGGAUGUCAAGAGCGUUGUUGCGGAGGAGAAGCCGAGUGUGCAGGAGGCGCUGGAGCACGCUGCGGACGAGUACGAGUCGAACCCUACUGUGCUUGGGGGCCAGGAUCUCGUCGCCACGCAGCAGCCGGAGCUGGUGACGGGGGGUAAGAUGAGGAAGUAUCAGCUGGAGGGGCUGGAGUGGCUUAAGUCGCUGUGGAUGAAUGGGUUGUGUGGGAUCCUUGCGGACGAGAUGGGUCUGGGGAAGACUGUUCAGGUUAUCUCGUUGAUUGCGUUCUUGAAGGAGAAGAAUGUUUCGGGCCCGUUCUUGGUUGCUGCGCCGUUGAGCACGGUGAGUAAUUGGGUGGAUGAGUUCGCUAGGUGGACGCCUGAUAUCGAGACCGUCUUGUAUCAUGGGUCGAAGGACGAACGCGCUGCUAUUCGGAGGAAAGAGAUGGGGCUGAAGAAUCAGAGGGGUGCUGAUUUUCCGGUCGUUUGCACUUCGUAUGAGAUUUGCAUGAAUGAUCGGAAGUUCCUCUCGCAGUAUCAGUGGCGGUAUAUCGUUGUGGAUGAAGGACAUCGCUUGAAGAACAUGAACUGUAAACUCGUCAAGGAGCUUCUCACCUACAACUCCGCCAACAGGCUCCUCAUCACGGGCACGCCGCUGCAAAACAACAUCACCGAGCUGUGGUCGCUCCUCCACUUCCUACUCCCUGAGAUCUUCAACGACCUCGACAGUUUCUCCAGCUGGUUUGACUUCUCGUCCAUGCUUGACAGGAAUGGGCAGGCCGACACGAUCGAGCGUCGCAAGCGGUCCUUGGUAUCCACGAUGCACUCAAUCUUGAAGCCUUUCCUCCUCAGACGAGUCAAAACGGACGUCGAGACCUCGCUGCCCAAGAAACGCGAAUACAUCAUCUACGCGCCGUUGACGCCUGAACAAAAGGAUCUAUAUCGAGAGAUCCUCAGCGGCACCGGCCGCCAAUACCUCGAGAACAAGGCCGCGGAGCGCAUCCUGGCUAAUAACGAGAGACUGUCGCGUUCGACGAGCCGGAAGCGAAAUGCGGCCGACAGCAGGUGUUCGACCCCGAACAAGAGUCUCAAGUCCAGCGGUGUCUCCACCCCCGUCAGUGUGGCCAGCUCGACCCGUCGACGGAGAGGACCGCAGAACUACAAGGAUAUUAGUGACCGCGAGUUCAACGCCAAACUGCGGAAGCUGGAGCAGGGCAUCGAGGAGACGGAGGACACUCAGUGGCCUGAUGAGAGCGAGCAGGAGGAAAUCGAGCGAGCAAACACGAUAAAGCUGGCUAAAAAAGAGAUCUCCCAAAAGAAAAUGCAAAACCCCGUCCUCCAAGCCCGCCUCGCCUGCAACUCCCCCCACAACUUCUACUGGCCCUGGGGCAGCGACGACGCCGGCGCCAUCGACAACACGCUCGUAACAGCCUCCGGCAAAAUGCUCCUCCUCGACCGGCUCGUCCCCUACCUCCUCGCGCGAAAGCACAAAAUCCUCAUCUUCUCGCAAUUCAAAACCCAGCUCGACAUCCUCCAAGACUGGGCGACGCAGCUCCGCUCCUGGAAUUGCUGCCGCAUCGACGGCGCAAUCAGCCAAGCCGACCGCCAAGCCCAAAUCAAAGCCUUCAAUUCAAACACCUCCUACCAGCUCUUCCUGCUGAGCACGCGCGCCGGAGGCCAGGGCAUCAACCUCGUCGCGGCAGACACGGUCAUCCUCUUCGACUCCGACUGGAACCCGCAGCAAGACCUGCAGGCUCAGGACCGCGCGCACCGCAUCGGCCAGACUAAGCCUGUUAUCGUGUACCGGCUCGCGACGAAGGGCACAGUCGAGCAGACUCUCCUUGAGAAAGCUGACUCCAAGCGUCGGCUCGAACGGCUCGUUAUCCAAAAGGGCAAAUUCAAGAGUCUCCUCGAGUCGGGCUCCUCCGCCAUCAGCCAGAACGACGUCGACGAGCUGCGCCACGCGCUCGGCGAGCAUGACUUCGAGCGCUUUGAGGCCGGCGCGGACCCCGCUUCGCUGCUGUCUGGUGAGGAUCUGGAGAUCUUGACGGAUCGGAGUGAGGAGGCUUAUGCUCGUGCGGAGAAGGGGCUUGAUCAGGAUGGUAGGGCGUUUAUGGCUGUUGAGACGAAGCCGGGGGGAGAUGGCUUGAGCCAGAUUGUGGGGGAGUGACCGUUUUCUUUUUUCCCUCUUUCCCUCUCAUCUUUCAAUGUGGUAUUUUUCAGGUCAUGGCGUUCACUGUACAACGUGGGGGAGUCUACCUAGAGGGUUAUCUGUUUCUUUUUUGAGCCUUUUUUUUUAUAAUAUGUGUAUGUACUGUACAUGGAUUAGAUAGAUGAG